AUGCCCAACUUCGCCGGCACUUGGAAGAUGAGGAGCAGCGAGAAUUUCGACGAGCUCCUCAAGGCGCUGGGUGUCAAUGCCAUGCUCAGGAAAGUGGCUGUGGCUGCCGCCUCCAAACCCCACGUGGAGAUCCGCCAGGAUGGGGACCAGUUCUACAUCAAAACUUCCACCACUGUCCGCACCACUGAGAUCAACUUCAAAAUCGGAGAGAGCUUUGAGGAGGAGACUGUGGAUGGACGAAAGUGCAGGAGUUUGGCCACUUGGGAGAAUGAAAACAAGAUCUAUUGCAAACAAACUCUUAUUGAGGGAGAUGGCCCCAAAACAUACUGGACUCGAGAAUUAGCUAAUGAUGAGCUGAUUUUGACCUUCGGUGCUGAUGAUGUUGUGUGCACAAGAAUUUAUGUAAGAGAGUAA